AUGUUUGCCUGUGCCAAGCUGGCCACUGGUUCCCCUGCAUUGAUGUGUAUGGGAUCAAGAAUCCUUUAUAGACCAAUUUCUGUAUCAGUGUUGUCUAGGCCGGAGGUUAGGACUGGAGAGGGCAGUACACCUUUCCUUACUGGGGCUCAAAACAUAGGCAGUCACCUAGCACUAAGGGAAUUUCAAAGGAGUGCUAUCAGCAGAGACAUUGACACUGCUGCCAAAUUUAUUGGUGCUGGUGCUGCCACAGUAGGAGUGGCUGGUUCUGGUGCUGGUACUGGAACAGUCUUUGGAAGUGUAAUCAUUGGUUAUGCAAGAAAUCCUUUUCUGAAGCAGCAGUUGUUCUCCUAUGCUAUUCUGGGAUUUGCCCUGUCUGAAGCCAUGGAUCUCUUCUGUCUGAUGGUUGCUUUCUUGAUCUUGUUUGCCAUGUGA